AUGGCUUUAAACCUCACCAUCAACACCAGCAAUCCUCCUCUAGGGGCACUGUUGGCAGCAGAGCAUGUGAAGGACAGCGUCAGUCUCUCUGUGCAGGAAGGCAAGGACACCAAGCUCCAUGUCUCUGAUCACGUUCAGUUUAAUGAUGUGAACUCCAUUUCACGUUACCUUGCACGUGUGGCUCCUAGUCUGGGUCUGUAUGGGUCCAACAUGAUGGAACAAACAGAGGUGGACCACUGGCUUGAGUUCAGUGCACGGCGUCUCAGUGGGCAAUCAGACUUGGCUUCUGCACUGGGGGAGCUGAACGCAGCAUUGGCCUUGCGUACCUUCUUGGUGGGCCAUGGCAUCACCCUGGCUGACCUCUGUGUCUGGGCUUCCCUUAAAGGAAGUGGGGAAUGGCAGGCCACACAGGAUAAGUCUGGCUCUUUCCCUCAUGUAAGCCGCUGGUUCUCUUUCCUGAGCUCUCAGGUGCCCUUCAGUGAUGUGGGCAGCAAGUGGGCUAGUAAGCUCACUGCCAGCCAGACUGCUGCUGUGGAAAAGGAGAAGAAACAAGAUGUUGGCAAGUUUGUGGAACUACCUGGAGCUGAGAUGGGCAAGGUGGUGGUGCGAUUCCCGCCUGAGGCCAGUGGGUACCUGCACAUUGGCCAUGCCAAGGCUGCCCUGCUCAACCAGCACUACCAAAUCAACUUUAAGGGCAAACUGAUUAUGCGCUUUGAUGACACAAACCCUGAGAAGGAAAAGGAGGACUUUGAGAAGGUAAUAUUGGAGGAUGUGGCCAUGCUGCAGAUUAAGCCAGACCAGUUUACCUACACAAGCGACCACUUUCCCACCAUUCUGCGUCUGGCUGAGCAGCUUCUGCAGGAGGCAAAGGCUUAUAUUGAUGACACGCCUCCUGAUGUCAUGAAGCAGGAGAGGGAGCAGAGGAUCGAGUCUCGCCACCGCAACAACUCUGUGGAGAAGAACAUGCAAAUGUGGAAAGAGAUGAAGGCAGGUACAGAUUAUGGUCAAACCUGCUGUAUGAGAGCUAAGAUUGACAUGAGCUCCAACAAUGGCUGUAUGCGUGACCCUACCCUUUACCGUUGCAAGAACGCCCCCCACCCUCGCACCAGAAGUACUUACAAAGUUUACCCCACAUAUGACUUUGCCUGUCCCAUUGUGGACAGCAUAGAGGGUGUGACCCAUGCUCUUCGUACCACUGAGUACCAUGAUCGAGACGAGCAGUUCUACUGGGUAAUUGAUGCCCUGCGGCUACGUAAGCCUUACAUCUGGGAGUACGCUCGCCUCAAUCUCAAUAAUACUGUGCUCUCCAAGAGGAAGCUUACGUGGUUUGUGGACCAGGGCUAUGUGGAUGGCUGGGAUGACCCACGAUUCCCCACGGUCAGAGGUGUCCUGCGUAGAGGAAUGACUGUUGAGGGGCUCAAACAGUUCAUUGCUGCUCAGGGUGGAUCCAGAUCUGUGGUCAACAUGGAGUGGGAUAAGAUUUGGGCAUUCAACAAAAAGCUGCCAGUUAGCUGUAAAAAGGUCAUUGAUCCAAUAGCUCCCAGGUACACUGCCCUGCAAAGCUCACAGGUGGUUCCCAUUUCCAUUCCCGGAGCCAAGGAGGAGCUGAAGGAAGCUGCUAAACACCCCAAGAAUGCAAAUGUGGGGAUGAAGCAAGUGUGGUAUGGCCCAAAAGUGUUUGUGGAGGGGGCUGAUGCAGAGACCUUUUCUGAGGGAGAGACUGUUACCUUCAUCAAUUGGGGAAACAUCAUCAUCACCAAAAUCCACAAAGACAGCAAUGGAACCAUCACAUCUCUGGAAGGCCGUCUGAACCUGGAGAAUACUGAUUAUAAAAAGACUACCAAGAUCACCUGGCUAGCAGACACCCUGAAAGCCCCCCUCAUCCCCACCAUAUGUGUUACCUACCAGCACCUCAUAAGCAAACCUGUGUUGGGCAAGGAUGAUGACUUUAAAGACUACAUCAACAAGAACAGUAAGACAGAGGAGAUGAUGCUGGGAGAUCCAUGUCUGAAAGACGUGAAGAAGGGUGAUAUCAUCCAGCUGCAGAGGAGGGGCUUCUACAUCUGUGACCAGCCCUAUGAGCCAGUCAGUCCUCAUAGCUGUAAAGAGAGUCCCUGUGUCCUACUGUACAUCCCAGAUGGCCACACCAAAGAGAUGCCCACUGCUGGCUCCAAGGAUAAGAGCAAGAACCAGCCAACUGCUAAACCUGUGAAAGCUGAGCCUGCCUCUCCAAGCAAAUCCUCACCUGCUGCAUCUACCAGCCCAACGCAAGCUGCCUCAGGAGAUGCCUUUUCUCUGUUCUCCAGCAUUGUGGCCCAAGGAGACUUGGUGCGGCAACUGAAGACUGAUAAGGCCCCGAAAGAACAGGUGGACCCAGCUGUGCAACAGCUCUUGGCCUUGAAGGUGGAGUUUAAGAAGUUAACAGGCCAGGAGUACAAGCCUGGCAUGGCCCCUCCUGCUUCAUCUCCAGUGCAAACAAGCCCUGCCCCUGCAACCACUAGCCCAAGCCCAUCCUCUUCAUCCUGUCCUUAUACACGCGUUGCUGAGCAAGGAGAGGUUGUCCGGAAACUGAAGGCUGAGAAAGCACCCAAGGACAAAAUAGAUGAAGCUGUGAAAGUCCUCUUGGCUCUAAAAGCUGAAUUUAAACAACUCACAGGUCAGGACUACAAACCAGGCAUGGCUGCUGCCUCUGGAGCUCCAACACAGCCCACUUCCUCAUCCAGCUUGUCCUCUGCUGACAUACAUGGACAAGUUGCAGAACAGGGUGAGGUGGUCAGGAAGCUCAAAUCAGAGAAGGCACCAAAGGACCAGAUUGAUGCUGCUGUGAAGCAGCUGCUGGCUUUAAAGGCAGAAUAUAAGCAAGUAACUGGUCAAGAGUACAAGCCAGGAGCUCCUCCAGCCAAUGCUGCGCCAGCUCUAGCAGCCCAAGUACAGUCUGCCACUAAGCCCACAAAGACCAGCUCCCUUGACAAUGCUGCAUUGGACAUUUACCAGCGUGUAGCUCAGCAAGGUGACCUCGUGAGGAAAUUGAAAACGGAGAAGGCUCCCAAGGAUCAGGUGGAUGCUGCUGUGAAACAGCUUUUAGCUUUAAAGGCUGAAUAUAAGCAGCAGACUGGACAAGAGUACAAACCGGGAGUGGCUCCCAGUGCUGCAACAGCUCCUGCACAGGCCAACCCAUCUCCGCCUCAGUCAAGCUCUUCUCCUCAGGCCCAGGCACUGAAUGCUCAGGUAGCCCAGCAGGGGGAGCGAGUUACACAGCUCAAAGCAGAAAUGGCCCCUAAGGAGCAGGUGGACACAGCAGUGAAGACCCUACUGGAGCUGAAAGGUCAGUACAAAGCGCUCACUGGAGAGGAGUACAAGCCAGUGAGCACUCCAGGAGCCCCAGGACACACAAGAUCAGAAGACAAAAGCCGCAAGGAGCGGGAGAACGCAUCCGAGAAACAACAAGGUGGAGGAGGUGGCCGCAAGCAGCAGAAAGGAGAGAAGUCUCAGCAGAGCCUGGACAGCGGGGCAGCAGGAUCUGGAGAUGGCCAGGGGCCCAAGAAACAAACACGGUUAGGACUUGAAGCAAAGAAAGAGGAAAAUCUGGCUGACUGGUACUCACAGGUUAUCACCAAAUCUGAGAUGAUUGAGUACUAUGACGUUAGUGGCUGUUAUGUGCUGAGGCCCUGGGCGUAUGCUAUUUGGGAGUCCAUCAAAGAAUUCUUUGACAAGGAGAUUAAGAAACUGGGAGUAGAGAACUGCUACUUCCCCAUGUUUGUCUCUCAGGCUGCUCUGGAGAAGGAGAAAUCUCAUAUCGCUGACUUUGCUCCUGAGGUUGCGUGGGUGACGAGAUCAGGAAAGACCGAGCUGGCUGAGCCCAUUGCUGUGCGUCCCACUAGUGAGACUGUGAUGUACCCUGCCUAUGCCAAGUGGGUCCAGUCCCACAGAGAUCUGCCAAUCAAACUCAACCAGUGGUGCAACAUUGUGCGGUGGGAGUUCAAACACCCCCAGCCCUUCCUGAGGACUAGAGAGUUUCUUUGGCAAGAAGGACACACAGCCUUUGCCACCAAGGAGGAGGCAGUAGAGGAGGUACUGCAAAUCCUGGACCUCUAUGCACGGGUGUAUGAGGAGCUAAUGGCUAUCCCUGUGGUCAAAGGCAGGAAGACAGAGAAGGAGAAGUUUGCAGGAGGAGAUUACACCACGACAGUAGAAGUCUUCAUCUCAGCUAGCGGCAGAGCCAUUCAGGGUGCAACAUCACACCACCUUGGCCAGAACUUCUCCAAAAUGUUUGAAAUAGUCUUUGAAGAUCCUAAAAAGCCUGGUGAGAAGCAGUUUGCGUAUCAGAACUCAUGGGGCCUCACCACUCGCACCAUUGGUGUCCUGACCAUGGUGCACGGAGAUGACACAGGCCUGGUGCUGCCACCCAGGGUAGCCUGUCUUCAGGUGAUAAUCAUUCCCUGCGGAAUCACGGCCACUCUACCCGAGGCUGAGAAGGAGCUGCUGUUGGCUCAGUGCUCAAAGUAUCUCUCCAGGCUGCAAAAGGUUGACAUCAGGGUGAAGGCUGACCUUCGAGACAACUACUCACCUGGCUGGAAGUUCAACCACUGGGAGCUGAAGGGAGUGCCAAUUCGCUUGGAGGUUGGACCUAAGGAUCUGAAGCAGGGCCAAUGUGUGGCAGUGAGAAGAGACACAGGAGAAAAGAUCAUUUUACCUGACGCUGAUGCAGAGAACAGAAUUAAGUUCCUGCUUGAAGAGAUUCAGAAUAAUAUGUUCAAACGGGCUUCUGCUGAUCUCAAAGAACACAUGUUAGCAGCAGAUACUAUGGAGCAAUUCCAGAAAGAGCUGGACCAGGGAAAGAUUGUGCAGAUUCCCUUCUGUGGAGGAAUUGAGUGUGAGGACUGGAUCAAAAAGACCACGGCCAAGGAUCAGGACCUGGAGCCAGGCGCACCCUCAAUGGGUGCUAAGAGCCUGUGCAUUCCCUUCCAGCCCCUGAAAACCCUCCAGCCCGGCCAGAUGUGCAUCAGUGGCAAAGAACCAGCUCAGUUCUACACCUUAUUCGGACGCAGUUACUAAGAGGGAAAGACCUAGAUAGAGCUCCUCACCCGUGCCCAUUUCGAAUUAACAUCUGAUCCAUCUUAGAAUGACAAAAGCACUAAAACUAAUUGCUGUAACCUGUAUUCUCACCUGCCAUUUCUAACCUCCAGUCAGGACCACACUGGAGUCCUUUGCUGCUCUAAGGAAAGCUCCCCUCUUACUUCUCUCUGGCUACUCUCAGGACAUGUAGGUGUUGCGUAUAGACAGGUACAUGUUUACAGUUACGCUGUCGGGUAUAGAAGGAAAUAGACUUGGCUUCUGUUAUGGUGAUUUAAAUUAUGCUAAAAUGUAAAACCCUGUACAUCUGUUCUUAGUACUAGUCUGGUACCUGUAAUCUAUAACAUUCAGGUAAUUCUAAACCCUACCUGAGCAUCAUCUGUAAUAAAGGGAUUCUUAAUUUCUA